CAUAAAUAUUUCAGAUAUAAACGAAUAUAUUUAGUAAUAUUAAGCCGCUUCUUCAGAUUAAAAAUGCGUGGAAUUUCUAAUUCGUGUUAAAUACGAGGGUGAAUAUAAUCUAGGGGUCGUGAAGAUGAUAUUAUCAAACCAAACUUUCGAAUAUUUCAUGACAAGCUUUUAUGCUCUGUAAUAUUGCUAAUAAGACUGAAAUAAGCAUUAAAAUUAGUUUGGAAUUGAUCAAAUUCGAGUCUAAUAUACACGCGUGAAAUGGAGGUAUUGAUUUCGACGUCAACCGGAGAAACAUUUCACAUCCACGAGUGAAACAGUCAGUAUUUACCAAACACUUGUAUUAUCUACCGACGAUCUAAACAGACAUUAUAGCGAUCGUCAGUCCAACAACAACAGCCAACCGAGAUGGUCGCAUUACUUCUACCGAGCUUUAUUUCAUUCAUCAUAUUCGCUGGAGCGACAGCCAGCCAAUGGAGCUACCUCAGAGCGGUAGCCAGUAAAUGGAGCUAUUCCACAAAAGAUAACUGGGAUGAGGAAUAUCCGAAAUACUGCGCUGGCUAUCGCCAGUCGCCCAUCAAUAUCCCGACGCGGGAAACCUCCUGGAAGUGGCUGGGCACUUUGCUGCCUCUGAAAUUCAGUGGCUACGACGUGGAACCUACGUCCAUGACGGCUGAAAACAACUUCCACACUCUUUCAGUUACUCCUGCGUACUUGAGGAAGCCUCGCAUAUUUAGCGGCGGGCUCUCAUCCCCAUACGAGCUUCUGAACUUCCACUUCCACUGGGGGUCUGACGAGACCAAGGGAUCUGAACAUACCAUAAAUACUGUGCAGUACCCUCUGGAGCUCCACCUCGUGCACAAGUUAGUAGGCCAGACGGUGGACGAUGCUCUCGAAACAAGUCAAGGCCUGGCGGUACUAGGAAUCUUUUUUGAACUUUCUAGUACCGACAAUCCUGCCCUGACCCGGUUACUAAAUAUCACCUCUAAACUCACCACAGAAAACAAUUACACGGCGAAUGUGCCGAAGCCUAACGCCCUGUCGUCGCUGCUCCCCGACGACCUGAGCAGUUAUUACCGCUACGAAGGCAGCCUCACGACGCCCGUGUGUCGUGAGGUCGUCGUGUGGACGGUCUUCAAGCAGCCUUUGCCGGUCUCCAAGUCUCAGCUGGAAAAACUUCGGUCUUUGAAAGACAUUAAUGGGGAACCAGUACAGGACAACUACCGCAACCCUCUGCCCCUGAACGGCCGAAGAGUGUACCGAUCAUGGCUGUAGCUGGCCGUUGCCAUCGGACGAGAGGACCGAAUUUUGCGGACCAACCAGCAACGGACCGAGCUGGUCGUAGCUGGUCGGACGAGCGGCUCAGAAGAUGACUUGACCGAUAUUUACCAUUCCAUGCACGCGAGUUACUAUAAAAAGCUAAUAAAAAAUAAAUAAAUAAUAUUAAUGUAUUACACACGCUAUUUUGAUAGAUUUUGCUUAUGGAAAAAAUUCAAAAAGUACGCAUUGAAUGAUGGAAACGACGAAUUCCCGUUAUAGUGCAGGUACUGCCAAGAUCGACUUCGAUAGCAAAAAUGAUUUUUAUAUCUCACUCUUAUUAAAUUGAUUAUACGCCUUAAGAAAUGCCCCAAAUCUGACCAACUUACUUCCGGAAUGAAUUUUAAAACGUAAACUUCUACAUUAUCGGCUUGAAAUCCAAUUUAAGGAAAACUUGUUACUAUAAAUCGAUUUUGAAUUUUUUUCUUAAUAUGGCACCUUGGGUUUGUAGUUGAGCUCAGUUUGCUCAUAAAUAAUUAUUAUUCAAAAGAUUUAUCUAUGAUUUUUCAGUAUUAACUCGUGUCUUGUUCAAGUGUGUAAGUUUAUAAUGUUUUUCUUUUCUCCUUCAAUUGUUGACGUGCGAUAGCAGCAUUUCAUUGACUGGUCGAACUAAUUUGAUGUCGUACUUGAUGAAGUUCUGACAAUUGUUAGAGCUUGCAUUCUCUAACAAUUGUCACGACAUGACAUUUUGUAAAUGAUUUCAAUUUAUGAUCACGAUAUAUAACUUUAUUGUUGAAACAUUAAUUGUAAGAAAUGCUGUCAGAGGCGUUGACUUUGUUCUGCACUUAAAAAUCAUGUUGAGCAAAUAAAAAAUAAAAAUAAAAAACCUAGC